AUGCACAUUCACACUCUCGCUGCGCUGCUGCUUCCCCUCGGCUCUCAGGCCAUUGAUAUCAUCUCCUCCAAUGACGAUGGCUGGGCUGAAAUCAACAUCCGGGAGCUGUACAGUGCGCUGACUGAUGCUGGGCACUCGGUGGUGAUUUCGGCUCCAGCUGAGAAUGAGAGCGGAUCGGGCUCCGACACUGGUACUCCCACCGUCUUGACCGAAGAGUGCGAGUUCGACAGCUGCCCCGUCGGCAGCCCUGCGUACGGAUACAACGCCUCUGAGCCUCGCUUCAACUACGUCAACUCGUACCCGGCGACGGCGAUGCAGUACGGCAUCGACACGUUGGGGCCCAAGUUCUUCGACGACAGCGCGCCUGCCCUCGCUGUGACGGGCCCUAACGUGGGGACCAACCUGGGGCUGGUCGUGCUCUUCUCCGGCACGGUGGGCGCCGCCGUCUCGGCCGCAGCAAGCGGUAUCCCUGCGAUCGCCUUCUCGGGCGACACAGGCUCGCAGACAGCCUGGGAUGUGUCUCCCGUCCCGCUGUACAGCCAGGUGUACGCCGAGCUGGCCACCAACCUGACAGACCAUCUGGUUGCCUCGGGGACGCCUUACCUGCCUGACGACAUCUGGCUGAACGUCAACUUCCCGGCUGUCGACGACGACACCUGCAACAGCGCCGACCAGUUUAGUUUUGUUCUCUCCCGUAUCUACACGGCUAUUCCGCUCAUCUCGGGCGAUGACGUGGAGACGUGCGGCACUGACCGUCUGCCGACUGAGACUGAGGUCAUCGACACUGCGGGCUGCUAUGUGUCUGUCUCGGUGGGGAAGACUGACAAGCUGGAUGCCGACGCCACCCUGCAGGCUGUUGUUUUGGAUAAGCUGAGCGACCUGCUGGUGUGUUUGCCUUGA